UUGACUUUACAGUUUUUUCCUUUCUUUUUUUUUGCAGUUCCAAAACGUCGUAUUGUGGAUGAGCCAAGUGUUAAUCGUACAAAUUUUUCAACUCAUCAAUUAACUGAACUUGAAAAGGAAUAUUACACAUCCAAGUAUUUGAACCGAACACGACGAGCUGAAAUUGCUGCAAUUUUAGACCUCAAUGAAACACAGGUAUUUUAUUUAUUUUUUCUUUUCUUUGUUUUAUAUUUACAGGUAAAAAUAUGGUUUCAAAAUCGUCGUAUGAAGGAAAAGAAACGACAAAAAGAACAAGAAUUUUUGGCUCGUGGAAUGAUGACAUCAUGCGAUGUAACCGAAUCCAACUGGUCAAAUUCAUCGUCGAAUAGCUCAACCACCAAUAAUACAAAACUACAUAACCUGUGA